CACCGAGCAUGGGUCCCUCUGGUAAUAGAAUAGCCAAUGUAAUUUGACACUUCAACUUACUGCGCUCUCUCCGAGUCUAUUCAGUUACUCACCCACUGACGUUGAGCCCGUUCUCAGUGGCCGUGAGUGGGGACGAUAUUUAAAAACAAGACGCCGAACAUUAACCGAGGACUUUUUGCGCGUAAUAACCGGGGCAGACGACGAGAGGCGCUGAAGUGUUUCCCCUCCUGGUGUGUGAAUGGGUGGGGGGGUCCCUCGAGGUGAAGAAUUAAGAGUUGAAGUCAACACAGGACAUCCUCAACGCCUUGGCUGCUGCCCCGUCCGUCCUUUGCCCAGCCCCUCUGUUGUGCUCAGUCGUCUGUCUCUGUACCCAGCUGAUCCGAGCAGAUAAGGAGGAUCACUGCCCUGCAGCAACUAAAGCCAGUGUUAACAGCAGCACCGUUUCAAGCUGACUGUCAGUCAGAGCGCUGCAGUUUCAUGGCUGGCAGGUAGAGGCCGAAGAGGGACAAUCAACAUGAACUCGAUUCCGUCGAUGGACAGACACAUACAGCAGACCAAUGACCGUCUGCAGUGUAUCAAACAGCACUUACAAAAUCCAGCAAAUUUCCAAACAGCAGCGACCGAGUUGCUGGACUGGUGUGGUGACCCCCGAGCCUUCCAGCGCCCCUUUGAGCAAAGCCUGAUGGGAUGUCUAACGGUGGUCAGCCGUGUAGCAGCACAGCAGGGCUACGACUUGGACCUGGGCUACCGGCUCCUGGCCGUGUGCGCUGCCAACAGGGACAAGUUCACUCCAAAAUCAGCAGCUCUUUUGUCCUCGUGGUGUGAGGAGCUGGGACGCCUCCUCCUUCUCCGUCACCAGAAAAACAGGCAGAACGAGCCUCCAGGGAAAGUGCCCAUGCAGCCCCCCAUGAGUUCCAUGAAGCCCGGCCUCUCACACGGAGAUGGGUCUUUUCCCUAUGACUCUGUUCCCUGGCAGCAGAACACCAAUCAGCCGCCAGGCUCUUUGUCCGUGGUGACGACAGUCUGGGGUGUCACCAACACAUCUCAGAGCCAGGUGUUGGGGAAUCCCAUGGCCAACAACAACAAUCCCAUGAAUCCUGGGGGCAACCCCAUGGGCUCGGGUAUGUCGGGCAACAACCCAGGGAUGAACUCUCCUCAGUUCCCUGGUCCUCAGCAGCAGUUUCCUAACAAGGGCAACUCAAACCAGGGCUACAUGCAGCAGGGCAUGUACGGACGAUCCAACUACCCCGGAGGAGGAGGCUUUGGUGGCAAUUACCCUGGAGGACCCAACGCUGGUCCUGGUGGCAUGGGCAUCCCUCCACACUCCCGUCCUCCGUCAGAUUUCACCCAGCCUGCUGCUGCUGCUGCCGCCGCUGCAGUCGCUGCUGCUGCUGCCACAGCAACGGCUACUGCCACAGCGACUGUAGCUGCCCUGCAGGAAACCCAGAAUAAGGACAUGAACCAGUAUGGACCGAUGAGUUCCUCUUUUCAGAUGGGACCAAACCAGGCUUACAACAGCCAGUUCAUGAACCAGCCAGGACCCCGCGGCCCUCCAUCUCUUCCUGGGAACAUGGGCACAGGUAUGAACGCAUCCAACAUGAGCGGACCUCCAAUGGGAAUGAACCAGCCUAGGGGCCAGGGCAUGGGACCGUUUGGGGCCCACGGUCAAAGGAUGCCCCAGCAAGGCUACACAGGACCCCGGCCUCAGGGCAUGGGUAUGCAGGGUAUGAAAAGACCCUACCCAGGGGAGCCAAACUAUGGUGGGCAGCAGUAUGGACCAAACAACCAGUUCCCUAACCAGCAGGGGCAGUACCCCACACCCAACGCCUCCAGGCCGCUGCCAUCCCCAAACUACCCCGGCCAGAGGAUGCCUGGACAGCAGCUGCAAGGCCAAUACCCACCACCCAGCGGUGCCAUGGGACAGUUCUACAAGCAAGAGCCACCCUUUAAUGGCCAAACUAAUAACUUCUCUGGAAGUGGAUAUCAGUACAACCAGGGGAAUAUGAAUGGGCCACCCAGACCAGUUGGAAACUACCCUCACUCCCCAGUGCCAGGCAACCCCACGCCUCCAAUGACCCCAGGAAGUAACAUCCCACCAUACCUGUCGCCAAACCAGGAUGUGAAGCCACCCUUCCCUCCUGACAUUAAACCAAAUAUGACCGCUCUUCCUCCCCCUCCAGCUAACCACAAUGAGGAGCUACGUUUGACGUUCCCCGUGCGGGAUGGAGUCGUCUUAGAGCCCUUUAGGCUAGAGCAUAACCUUGCUGUCAGCAACCACGUCUUCCACUUACGGCCCUCUGUACACCAGACGCUCAUGUGGAGAUCGGAUCUGGAGCUGCAGUUCAAGUGCUACCAUCACGAAGACCGACAGAUGAAUACCAAUUGGCCAGCAUCAGUCCAAGUCAGCGUGAACGCCACACCACUCACCAUCGAGCGGGGCGACAAUAAGACCUCCCACAAACCCCUGCACUUGAAACACGUCUGCCAGCCUGGAAGGAACACGAUCCAGAUUACGGUCACGGCAUGCUGCUGUUCGCACUUAUUUGUGCUGCAGCUGGUCCACAGGCCCUCAGUCCGCUCUGUGCUCCAGGGCUUACUGAAGAAACGGCUUCUUCCUGCAGAACACUGCAUCACCAAAGUUAAGAGGAACUUCAGCAGCGUAGCAGCAUCAUCGGGCAACGCGACGCUCAACGGAGAGGACGGCGUAGAGCAGACGGCCAUUAAGGUUUCCCUCAAAUGUCCAAUCACCUUCCGGCGAAUACAGCUUCCAGCAAGAGGGCACGACUGCAAGCACGUUCAGUGUUUUGAUUUGGAAUCAUAUUUACAACUGAACUGUGAGCGGGGGACAUGGCGAUGUCCUGUAUGCAAUAAAACUGCAUUGUUAGAAGGACUUGAAGUGGACCAGUACAUGUGGGGAAUCUUAAACGCCAUUCAGAAUUCGGAGUUUGAGGAGGUGACCAUCGACCCGACAUGUAGUUGGCGGCCGGUGGCUAUCAAAUCUGAAAUCCACAUAAAGGAGGAUCCAGAUGGACCGCUGGCCAAGAGGUUUAAGACGAUGAGCCCGAGCCAGAUGAUCAUGCCUAAUGUGAUGGAGAUGAUUGCUCAGCUUGGCCCGGGACCCUCGCCUUACCCAUUACUACAGUCUCAACAAGGGGGCAACAACAGUGAAUACAGCAGCCAAGGUAAGAAAAAAACAGGCAACAGUUACCAGGGGCACGGGAACUUUGACUUCCCUCAUGGGACGCCUGGUGGUACGUCGAUGAAUGAUUUCAUGCACGGCCCCCAGCUGUCUCAUCCACCUGACAUGCCCAACAGCCUGAUGACCCAAGACAAGCCCCUCUCCCACAACAUGCCAGACUCAAUACCUCACUCAGCCGGCAAUGACCAGUCGCACGGUCCAUUGCAGCAGAGCUUACACGCAUCUCCACACCCUGGGAGCCAAUCAGGGCAGCAGCUACACCACAGCGGGCCUCCUCAGCCUUCACGACAAGCUCCACCUCCUCAGCAGCAGCAGCAGCAGCAACAACAGCAACAACAGCAGCAGCAGCAGCAACAGCAGCAGCCUGGCCCUAACAACCAUCCCCACAGCGACCUGGCCUUCAACCCCUCGAGCAGUUUGGACAGCCAAGCGGGGUCGGACAUGCCAGAGCCGUCUUUAGACCUUCUCCCAGAGCUGGCGAACCCAGACGAGCUGCUGUCAUACCUGGACCCACCUGACCUCCCCAGCAAUAGCAACGACGACCUUCUCUCGCUCUUCGAAAACAACUGAGGCAAUUCAGAACAUAUGAACUUCUUCUGAUCGCCUGCAGUCUCAGUACUUGAGAAACACAAAGAUGCACUCCCUUUCUCUUCUUCCUCUUGUACAGUUUUCAUCGGCCAGCACAGAUUGACUGAAAGAGGCUAAAACUCAAAGACACGACGGGAUCCUUCGUGGCGAUACUUUUGAAACUGUGCAGCUAUACUCAGUUGAUUUUUUUACACAAAUGUGUUUGUGUGCACAAUAGGAACGUGUUGUAGCAUUUUUUUAUUCAUGUUAUGUUUCCUUUUGAGAAGAAAAAGGAAUUCACUGUAUAAAAAAAGUCAGAAAAAUAGCUGAAAAACCCUGCGCUAUCUGGCCAGUGUUCGUUCUGUCCAUGUUGUUUAGUCCGAUCUGAGAGGCCACAGCUUCAUUCCCUGACUGCUGUUGUUUGUCCACCACACAUCAUUUAAAAGCACAAGAGAUUAAGGCAAUGCAAAAAAAAAAAAAAAGAUGUUUUAGGAAAGAAAAAUGAACUAUAUGUCCUACGGGAGGUGUUUUUUAACCAAUUUUGGCAACAUUUUCAAACAUUUUUGAGCAAGAUUGGCUUCCACUUUUUCCACAAUUUGAUACAAACAUAUUUUUGUCAAAAGGAGAUUUCCCUUAAGCGGGGACAGGGAACAUUUUGGCCCUAUUUAAACAAAGUUUAUAGCUGCACUUCUACAUAUUGUAUAGUUAUCAUCCUCCUGAACAGAGGAGGGAUUUUAAAGAAAACGAGAGGUACAAAAAUGAAAGAUUGGAGCUCCUAAUGACCCUGCUGCAUCCACUGCUUCCUGCUACAAGUCCUUCCAGUGCCGUCUGCGUUCUUUGCAACGUUGCAUCUCUUUCCCUGUUAAAUGAUGUGCUGUUUUAAGUAGUCUACAAAGUGCAUGUGUGCCAAGCCCUCGUCUAGUGCUUUUCCAAGUGGUUGAAACAAAGACAGUGUGGUUUUUCUCAGUUGCUGUUUCCAUUGCUCUUUUCUUUUGUUUCUUUUUGAGUAUGUUUUUGGAUUUUGUGUCAGGUUUAUUUAACACUAACAUUGAAGGGAUAAUGCUGAUAUCAGUGAUACAUUUCUCAUGUAUUUGCUGGGUUUAUUGUGUUUUGUUUUGCUUGUGUUUUUGUUUCUGUUGCUGCCUAAUUAACCUAUCCACAAUUCCUUUGGGAAACUACAGAAGCCUUAACCGGAUAUGCAUUUGUUUAUAUUUAUUUUAUUCUAUUUUCCUUUGAUAAUGAGUAGAUUUUGGUUGUUUUCUCAAGGUCUUGACUUUAUUAUAGUGGAAAAACAGCACCAAUUUACUUUAGUUACUUUCUCUUCUGAUAGUAUCACAUAGAAAGUUUUGAUCUCAAUCAGUGGUUCUCGACUGGUGGGUUGGGAUUCAAAAGUGGGUCGCAGCUGUAUUCUGUGUGUGCCAGGCAAAAGAAAUGGUCAGAAAGCUUUAUAGCUAUUUUACCGUGCUUGUUUUGUUCUGUGUCGUGCUUUGUGUCAUCUGUUCGACUUUCCAUUAAAUAGAUCAGAUUCAUUGAAAAAUAUUUGGAGAGAGGUCUGGCUGCAGCUCCCAGACUUCUUGGAGACCAUUUCUGUGAGACACUACAUCUGUCUGAACUAAAAUACACACUUAGACUUUUGUAGAUAACAUUGCUACAUUGGAAACGUAGCUAAAUAAAGGCUAACGAAACUACGUUUGCUAUCUAGGCUGCACAGGUAACUUGGGUUACAUAGCUAUAUCUAAAGCUAACAGAGCUACGUUAGCUACGUAGGCUAUAUAAAUCACAAAGAUAACUUAGCAACAUAGCUUUAUAUAAAGCUAAAAAAGCUGUGUUAGCUAUGUAAGCUAAAUAGGUAACAUAGCUAAAUCGAAAGCCAACAAUGCUACGUUGGCUAUGUAAGGUACACAGGUAACUUAGUUAAAUAGCUAAGUUUAAAGCUAAUGAAACAUUGUUAGCUAUGUAAGUUAAAUAGGUUAGAAAGCUACAUCGCUAAAUCUAAAGCUGAUGGAAUUAUUCAGCUACUUAAACUACAUAGGCUACCAAGCUACAAAUAUAAGUCUAACGCUAACAAAGCUAUGUUAGCUAAGUGAGCUACAAAGGUGACAUAACCACAUUGCUAAAUCUAAAGCUAACGAAGCUGCUUUAGCUAGGAAAACCAUGCAGGUAACAUAACUACAUAGCUAAAUCCAAAGCUAACUAAAGUAAAUUAGCUUCGUUAGCUACAUAGGUAACAUAGCUAAAUCUAAAGCUAUUUAAGAUACAUUUGCUUCAUAAACUACAUAGACAGGUAGCUGCAUAACUAACAGCUAAAACAAACAAAGGUAUGCUAGCUUUGUUAGAUUACGCUAUGUUUUUGAGCUUAAACGGUUUUAUAAUGUGAACUGCUACUCACUGAAGCUUCUUUAGCUUUUAGCUAGCUAAAGCUAUCAUAGCUACAUUGGCUUAUGCCUUAUGUCUCACUUGUAGUAACGUUAACUAUGUAGAUAGCGAAGCUAUGCUAGCUUUAGCUAAAACUUUUUUCCGAUGAAAUGUUUUUUUAGUCUGUAAUGUUAGCAAUGUGGCUUUUCAUGAGUGUAACUGUCAGACUUUAUAUAUGUUUAAGAUGAAUUCAGAAAAAAACAACUUUUAUAAUGUUGCACCAGCAAAUUAUGUAACUUCAUUGCCGACAGAUGCAGCAUCUCACAGUAGUGGUCUGCAAGGAGGGAUCUUAUGCUUUCACUAGAAAACACCAUUUCAUGAAAAAACAAGUGUUGCUCUUUCCUCUCAUAACAAGUUUAUUUCUUGAGCUCUUGAGAAAAAGACAUAUCAUUAUAAGAAAGUAGAGUGAAAUAAAAUGGCAGCAUGUCCUCUUAAGGCUUCUGUAGAAACUGCUCAACAUCACCAAAGUAAGAGGGAGGAGAGUGGAGUAGUUUGUGUUUGCUUGGUCCUGUGUUAAAGUGUGAGAGUGUUUGGUAUCAUGAUUUUAAAGAUAUGGGAGGAGGACUAAUCCUGUUUAUCAUCACUGCUGUUCAAAAAGGAGAAAUGGUUUUUCGAGCAGUACUGGUGCAGAUAAUUUUUUUUUUUUUUUUUUUUUGCCACGUUUGUUUUCAACUUCACUUUUUGAGAAGAGUGCUGUUUCAGUAUGCAAAUGUAUUAUUUUUUAAGAAAUGCUAUUGUACUGUAAAUAUCAUUGUGAAUAUUUUUGUAUCAUCUUGAUAAUGUUUGUCCUUUAAUCAGUAGUCGUCCAACCUAACCACAACAUUACGCUCCCAAAACAAACAAACAAAAAAAAAAUUCUCAUCUAACCACUGACUUUGUCUGUAACCAGCUGGGAAACCGGCUCAAACGUCUCAUAAGCUAUUUCCUUCGGGUCGUCGAGCUUCUUUGUCACUCUUCCUCACAGUGCACUCCGCCUCGCGUUUGUCUGUCGUUUCCAAAAAGGUGUUGUGUUUUUAUAGUUCUCUACUCACUCACCUACUUCCUGUAUCAGCAUAAGGGGAUUAUGUCGCAUAAUUUUCAAGCAAUACGUUCUUUCACGCUGGGGUGGACCUGAUUGAAAAGUUGUCUAAUUAUGUUAAUCAUUAUGAUGUGGUUUCAGCUGGCUUUCAGUGUAAUUAGUGAGCUCUGUGAAUAUCAUUGUUGCUAAAUGUCAAUACGGUGGUAUUUUAAAGAUAUAUCACAAGCAUAUUUUAAAGAAAUCCAUGUUUAUAUUUUUGUUAUAGAAAAUGUUAAAAGCACGAGACCAUAUGCGUUUUUAUCCCCCUUUUUUUGGUAAAUUAUUUUGUACUAUUUUUUCUUAUUAAUCUGUAAGGCUAGAAAUCCAAUUUCUUUCGAUUGUAGCAUUGUACCGAUUCAAUCGCCUUGGUUUUAUGUAAAGAUUAUUUUAAACGUACAUGUAAAAGAUGUUUUUGUUCCAGUUCAGCUCACUGACAUGUUGUUUCAUAUAUAUGUCACAAAGAGACAUCAGUUCAAUCUGAUAUUGCUUUUCUUUCUGAAUUAAAAGAUCAAUCCAUCAUCAUUUCAUAUUUUUUUGUCAAAG